CUCAAUCUCACGUGGCACGCAGUCAUCAUCCAGCCAUCCGCUCCAGGCUCCAGCUCUAGGGGAGUGCCUCCUCCUCCUCCUCCUCCUCCUCCUCCUCGUCCUUCCCCUACCCUCCCCGCGCGCAGAUCCCGACGCGGGACGCCUGCAUUCCCUUGCGCGGGACGCGACAACUCCACGCUACACAGUUCACACGCCAAGCGAGGGCCGCAUCUAGAUCCGCGCCGCCGAGCUGACUUGACUAUUGCAACGGAGGCAGGGACUUGAGGAGCGGGUGGGUUGCGAUGGCCGCUGCGGGGAGGAAUGCGGGCGUCCUCGCGCUCUUCGACGUCGACGGCACCCUCACAGCGCCGCGCAAGGGGGUGACGCCAGAGAUGCUAGAGUUCAUGAAGCAGCUGCGCCAGCAUGUGACAGUGGGCGUGGUUGGCGGAUCCGAUCUGGUGAAGAUUACCGAGCAGCUCGGCAGUACAGUUAUUACUGAUUAUGAUUACGUCUUCUCCGAAAACGGCCUGGUUGCACACAAAAAUGGCCAACUAAUUGGAACCCAAAGUUUGAAAUCAUUUAUCGGAGAAGACAAGCUGAAGGAAUUUAUUAACUUCACUCUUCAUUACAUUGCUGACUUGGAUAUCCCAAUUAAAAGGGGUACAUUCAUAGAGUUCCGAAGUGGAAUGAUUAAUGUAUCUCCUAUAGGAAGAAACUGUAGCCAAGAAGAACGGGAUGAAUUUGAGAAGUACGAUAAGGUGCAUAACAUCCGACCUAAAAUGGUGUCAGUGCUUCGUGAAAAGUUUGCACACAUGAACUUGACAUUUUCUAUCGGAGGGCAGAUUAGUUUUGAUGUAUUUCCCCAAGGUUGGGACAAAACUUAUUGCUUGAGAUAUCUUGAGGAAUUUCAAGAAAUCCAUUUCUUUGGGGAUAAGACCUACAAGGGUGGCAAUGACUAUGAGAUAUUUGAAUCUGAAAGAACAGUUGGUCAUACAGUUACCAGCCCCAGUGACACAGCUCAGCAAUGCAGAUCUCUCUUUUUGUCGAAGUGAUCUCCAGCUUAUUUCCAACACAUAUUUAUUAAGUCAUCUUUGACUGAAUGCCUUUUGGUAUUUUUUUCAAUACAAUACAUGCCACCAUUUUUUCUUUGAAUAAUUGGAUCUAUACCAUUAAAAGAUUGCAACUUUAGAUAUAUACUAUUGGCUCCACAUAUCAUUGACUCAUGUGAACCAUACAUGUAAGUGAGAUAACAAUGAUAUAUAUUUAAAGUUGUAAUCCUUUAAUGAUACUACUGCUCCGUAUUCACAAAUUUUCAGAUUACAUGUAUACAACUGGCGAAAAUAAAUCAGAUUUACCUGUUUUUACUUUA